CCAAACCGGAAGGGGUGAUGUUACGCGUCGCGUCGCGCUUGUGACCCUGGGCUUGUAACGUUUUGGUCACCGUAAUCUAGUAGGCGAACGUGACAGGACCCUCAUGCAGGACUUCAAUGAGCCUUGAAUGAGGAUAUCAAGUUUAUCUAGGAUACCUGUUUGGACUAGCUAUCGUGGAGUUGCCUCAAAAAGACAUGGCAAACCCAAGCUCAUCCAGAGCACCUACGCCAUCUCAGCGACCUAGUUCGGGACUUUCUACGCGACCUUCAUCUAGCGCAUCUACACAACCACCAUCAAUUUCCUCCAUGGCUCGAAGACCAUCAACAAGUGCCUCUGUCCGACCACCCUCAGUUGCAUCGUCUAUCCGACCCUCUACUAGUACUGGUAUGCGACCGUCUUCAAGUGCUUCAUCAGUGAGGCCAGCUACGAGUGCCUCUAUUCGACCAAGCUCUCGUGCCACAACAGCGAGCGGGUCUUCUCGGCUUACACGUAGACCAUCUUCGCGACAAAUCUCCCGCCUGACUCCCUUAUAUCAAUCGUUGGUAUCUCAAGUCACCGGUGUGACUGCGGAAGAAGAUGAAGAAGGCUUUCGGUCUGCUGUGGAAUAUAUAUCCAAGAGUUUGGAUCAGACAGUCAAACCUUCUGGUACCUCUGAUUUGACUAAUAUUGAUAAGCAUAUUCGAGGGCUAUCGCAGAAAGCGAGAAUUUUAUCUCAGGAUGAGUUGGCGGAGGCACUAGAUUCUGCAUAUUCGCGGUUGAAGACGUGUAUACAAGAACAAACGAGCGAUCUAGAUGCUGAAAUACAUACCUCUCGGUUGUCACAUCAUUUACAAUUCCUCCUUGCCUUAUCCCGUCCUCCCGACUUUUCAACCCUAGCAUACGCUGAGAACUAUCUUGAGCUCCAACGCAACCCACCCAAAUCGGAUGCAGGCCUCACAUGGAAAGACAUCCUAGCCGAAGAACCUUUCGAAGGUCAACAUUGGCAAGGCGCAUAUGGCCUUCCACCAGGAAGUACAGUAGAAAAUUGGGAAGAUGAAGAGAGUGACUCGAGUCUACUGUCACUUUCUGCCCUUGACGAUCUGGAUGAUUUGGACGACGAAAUUUCGUCUUCGGAAGUUGAGGAUCGAGAUGUGGGGACACACGAGAGAAGGGAGGAACCGCAAUUUAAACCGAGUUGGGAUCAUCUGGAUAUUGUGGAAGCAUUGCAAGCUAGGCAGUAUUGGAGACCUGAGUGGCAGCUGAACGUACCUACGGAUCGGCCUUUCGACUUUGGAGACCCUUCUACGUUGGGUCCCGCGUUUCGUCGUGCUUUGAGCGCGCAGAAGGAUCAUGUUGUGGGCGAAUUGGCUCAAGAGAAGUACAUCAAUGACCAUGACGCUAUGCGAGAAAUCCUCAUGGGCCUCCAAGGGAGGAGAAAUCUCAUGAUCUCCUGGACAAGUAUUGGGAACGAACCAUUCACGUUUCAGCCAGCAAAGGAUGCACCAAGAUUAUUACACCUCACCUCCGGAUCACUAGACUCCUUGCUAGCUUCGUACGCGCAAACAGCCACAACUGUAGAGCAUCUACGCAAAUUUGUUUCGGCCAUAUUUGCCAAAGCUUCCAAGCCCGAAUCCUCCAACGGAGAAACUCCUUCUCUCUCGCCCUUCCAUCGUAGGAGCACUCGCACUCUUGAAGCUCUAUCCGAGUCCAUUGAUGCGCAGAUACGAGCAUUUGAUACCUGGUGUGCAGCGAAAGAGGAAGCCAUUUGCAGAGCUCAAGCGGGGAUUGGUCCUCCUCUGGUGAUCAGCAUGCUUGCUCUCGAAGUAGAGAUUCGUGACAAAUUCUCUUCCAUCUUUUCUGUGCUUGUGCGGAUACUUUCACAAGUUGUUCAACGAGCUACACGUUCACAAGAACCUAUCACUGAGGUUUGGACUUUGCCCGAUCUUCCUCUGCGUAUGUCACCUUCGGCAUUGACGUCCCUUCUAUUGGAUUCGCUAUUGCUUGCAGUACAAGAAUCUUCCACGAUGGCUGACGACACCACUACUCAGGCCCUUUUACGCAUAUUCUGCGACUCUGCGGAACCUAUCUGGACGAUGGUCGGACGAUGGCUACGUGACGGUAUGCCUGUACGUGAAGUCAUGGGUGCCUCAGAACAGUAUCUUCAAACUGUCGAUGAAGAGUUCUUCAUCGAAGAUAACGAACUGGUCUUGCUGGAUCCUGACUUCUGGUCCGACGGCUUCGUUCUGCGCAACAAUGGACAAGAAGAUAAUGGAAGGUCCAUGGCAGUUCCCUUGUUCCUAAGCCACGCUUCUGAUCACAUUCUCGGCGCUGGCAAAGCCAUUGGCCUCCUUCGGGCACUUGGAAUGUCUUCUGUCUUUGAACGGGAGGGUGGAGAGAGAUGGUUGUCCAAGUGGCCAUCUUUCACGAGUCUACUAGGCGGUUAUAACGGCUUAGCGUUGGACUCUCAAGCUGCUGGCACCGUCAAGGUCCAUAUAUCGACGGAUGAUUUCUCCCGAUUGGUUUAUGAUGAACUGCUCGUUCCAUGUAUGAGGGCCAAAGAGAUGCUGACCAAGAUCCUGGUGGAGGAUUGUGAACUGUGGUUGCACCUAACGGCCAUGGAGGAUUUGUAUCUUAUGCGAAGGGGAGAUGCUAUGUCAAAUUUUGUGGACAUUCUCUUUGCAAGGAUGGAUACCAGCCAGCCUUGGAAUGACUUCCACUUUCUCAAUAGCGCAUUCCGAGAUGUUGUCGAAGCAGGACGCACGCCCUGGAUAGACCCUUCCCUCGUUCGGUUUUCUCACCGAGGAGGCAGAGACAAAAUAAUCUCUCGCACAGUGCGAGCUAUUGAUGGCCUAUCGGUGGAAUACGCGGUUCCAUUUCCCUUGACAUAUAUGUUUGGUCCUCGGAUACUACAAGUCUAUUCCUCGAUAUUUGCCUUCGUUCUGCAGAUACGACGGGCCCAGAAUGCCUUGCAGCGAAUAUUGCUACGAAAUGCUGUAGUGAAUAUGGCACAUGUUGGAAGUGAAUUGAAGGUGUUCUAUGCGAUGCGAGGGAAACUCUCAUGGUUUGUCAACGCAUUACUCAAUUUCAUCUGCACAAAUGUCCUACACGCGCAAUUACUUAAUUUCAACGCGGACCUGAAGAAGGCGAAUUCCCUGGAUGAGAUGAUUGCGGUACAUGAUACCCAUAUCACAAAACUUGAGGGACGCUGUUUACUGCAACGUAAUACAUCCGCAUUGCAUCGCGCUGUCAUAUCCAUUCUGGAUAUGUGUCUCCAUUUCAGUGAUUGCUUCGUGGCGUUUGCAGGCGACACCACUCAUGACAUCUCUCGUCAAUCGCUCAUUCUGAUGAAGCGUCAUCGAAGUCGCCGUCUGAAACGACAACGCAAGGACGUCAUCGGGUUCUCUCAAUCUAUUCGUGAAGUCGAGGAGAACUCUGAUUCUGACUCUGAUCAAGAAGAGUUUUCAAUUGACGGCGGUGGACCUGAACCAUCAUUUUCACUAGCUAUUUCAACUGUGUCUUUCGCAGAGGAAAGCUUUGAUGUGAGGCUAGAGAAGAUGUCGAGUGAACUGGAUGCAUUAGUGAGGUUCAUCAGACGAGGCGUUGAGAGCCUUGCUGGAGGUACUGGGGAGGCUGCGUCAGCGUUCGGAGUGUUCGCAUUUGCUUUAGAGGACUGGGAUCGCUAGCGCAGUUCUUUCUGUGUGGCGUAUGUAUGACAUAUAUCUUAUAUUUCCAGAUAACCUAACAGUUUACAUAUUUACGUAUACAAAGAAUAUAGGUCGGUGGCAAAAAAACUGGAGGAACUAUGGUAUUCUUAGAGAGAAGUCAUAAGGGGCACGGGAAAUACUAUACGAUCAAUUCCGUCCGCUGCGAUCCACCCUGCGAUUGAUCCCGCCCAAAAGCGACUUGACGAUAGUGU